CAAAGACCGGCCGCAGGCGGUGAACCUCCAGCGCCAUAAACUUGCCGACGCAGCAUCCUGGAAGCAUCCGACCACUGUCUGACUCCGAGUCCAUUCGAAAACUCUGAGCCUCCGACCAGCUCUCCGACACCGAGCACCGAGCACCAUCUCUGCCGAGCGCUUCGACCCUGGCCCCGGCAACAGGCAAUAGGCAAAGCCGAGGAUUUGGGGCAUUCUCCUCCGGAGAUUCUGGAUCGCACAGUAGCAGCGGCAAUGAAGCAGGCAUUUCAGAAGUUUCUCCAGGUUUCAAGUUCCAGAACACUUGUGCACGGGAAUCUCAAACACAGCAGCACGUCAGUUUUGCUGUCUCUGAAUGGAUAUUUAAGGAGUGAGCAAAUAUUGUCUUUGCAACAACAACACAUCUGUUGUCAUUCCUUGGAGAUGAGGAAGUAUCUCAUCCAAACUGGAAAUGUAUUUUGUGUCUGAAAUGAAGUUUUCUGUUGUAACUCAGUGUUAUCUACUGGAACCGGGAGCUGAGAACACACCAGCAUUUGUUCACUGGAGAUCAGUUCUUCAACUGCAUUGAUUCUACAAGCGAUUCAAAUAUCUGACUUUCACCUGUUCUAUGUGGAGGAGGGGAACUGCUCAGUCAUCCAGCCUGAAGAUAGAUGAGCAAUUUCACACCAUAGUGAGAUGCUCCACCUGUUCUGACUGUGGGAAGCCAUUCAUUCUGUCAUUGAUGCGAAAAAUAUAUACAAAAAUUCAGCAGUCAGAAGAUAUUGAUCUGCUGUGAGUGUGGGAAGGCAUUUACACACUCAAACACACCACAGUGACACCAGCAAGUUUACAGCAUGGAAAAGUCAUUUACCAGCUCUGAAUGUGGGAAAGGAUUCACUCAGUCAUCUCCACUGAAUGAACACCAGCGGGUUCACACUGAGAAGAUGUCAUUCACCUGCACAGACUGCGGGAAGGGAUUCACUCACUCAUCCACACUUCAGAGGCACCAGCGAGUUCACACUGGGGAGAGGCCAUUCACCUGCUCAGACUGUGGGAAAGGAUUCACUCAGUCAUCUCACCUACUGACACACCAGUUAGUUCACACCUGGGACAGACCAUUCACGUGUUCUGAAUGUGGAAAGGGAUUCACUCGGUCAAAUCACCUACUGACUCACCAGUUAGUUCACACGGGGGAGUGGCCGUUCAGCUGUUCUGAAUGUGGGAAGGGAUUCACUCAGUCAUCCACCCUUGUGAAGCACUUCAGACUUCACACUGGUGAGAGGCCGUUCACCUGCUCAGACUGUGGGAAGGGAUUCACUCAUUCAGCUCAACUAAAAGAACAUCAGUUAGUUCACACUGAAGAGAGGCCAUUCACUUGCUCAGACUGUGGGAAGGGAUUCACUCGACCAUCUCACCUACUGAGACACCAGUUAGUUCACACUGGGCAGAGGCCUUUCACAUGCUCUGAAUGUGGGAAGAGAUUCACUCGGUUAUCUCAGCUGAAGGAACAUCAGUUUGUUCACACUGGGGAUAGGCCAUUCAUCUGCUCUGAAUGUGGGAAGGGAUUUGCUCGGUCAUUUCAACUGAAGGUACAUCAGCGAGUUCACACCGGAGAGAAACCGUUCUGCUGCUCUGAAUGUGGGAAGAGAUUCACUCAGUCAUCCACACUUGUGAAGCACUGUCGAAUUCACACUGGGGAGAAGCCAUUCACCUGCUCAGACUGUGGGAAGGGAUUCACUCAGUCAGUUCAACUAAAGAAACAUCAGUUUGUUCACACUGGGGAGAAACCAUUCAUCUGCUCAAUUUGUGGGAAGGGAUUCACACGGUCAUCUGACUUGAAAGUUCACCAGCGAAUUCACACUGGGGAGAAGCCGUACACCUGCUCAGAUUGUGGGAAGGAAUUCACAUGGUCAUCUGACUUAAAAGUACAUCAACGAGUUCACACUGGAGAGAAACCAUUCACCUGUUCAGAUUGUGGAAAAGAAUUUGCACGGUCAUCGGACUUGAAAGUGCAUCAACGACUUCAUACCAGGGAGAAGCUAUUCACCUGCUCCGAAUGUGGGAAGAGAUUCACUCGAUCUUCUCACCUACUGACACACCAAUUAGUUCACACUGGGGAGAAACCAUUCACCUGCUCAGUCUGUGGGAAGGAAUUCAUUCGGUCAUCUGACUUGAAAGUGCAUCAGCGAGUUCACACUGGGGAGAAGCCGUUCACCUGCUCUGAAUGUGGGAAAGGAUUCACUCGGUCUUCGCAAUUGAAGGAACAUCAGCGAAUUCACACUGGGGAGAAACCUUUCAACUGCUCAGACUGUGGGAAGGAAUUCAGUCGGUCACCUCAAUUGAAAAAACAUCAGCGAGUUCACACUGGGGAGAGGCCUUUCACCUGCUCUGAAUGUGGGAAGGCAUUCACUCAUUCCAGUCAGUUACUGACACACCAGUUCAUUCACACUGGGGAGAGGCCGUUCACCUGCUCAGACUGUGGGAAGACAUUCACUCAGUCAUCCAUGCUACAGACACACCAGCGAGUUCACACUGGGGAGAGGCCAUUCACCUGCUCUGAAUGUGGGAAGGGAUUCACUCAGUCUUCUCAUCUACUGACACAUCAGUCAGUUCACACAUGUGACAGGCCAUUCAUUUGCUCUGAAUGUGGGAAGGGAUUCACUCGGUCCACUCACCUACUGUCACAUCAGUUAGUUCACACUGAGGAAAGGCCGUUCACCUGCGCAGACUGUGGGAAGGGAUUCACUCAGUCAUCUCAAUUGAAAAAACAUCAGCGAGUUCACAGUGGGUAGAAGCCAUUCAGCCGUUCAGACUGUGGGAAGGAAUUCAUUCCGUCAUCACAACCGAAGGGACAUCAGCUCGUUCACACUGGGGAGAAACUGUUCACCUUCCUCAGAUUGUCGGAAGAGAUUCACUCAGACAUCUCACCUAACGACACACCAGACUAUUUUCGGCAGUGAGAGGACGUUGACCUGCUGAGACUGUGGGAAGGCAUUCACACACUUACCCACGCUACAGAGACAGUGGUGGGUUCCCACUGUGGUGAGUGUGGUCACCUGCUCUGAGUGUGGGAUGGGUUUCAAUCAGUCAUUCAUCCCUGUCUCACACUACUGAGCUUUGACCCAUCAUUAAUCGGAGAGAUCAGAAGUUUGAGAGGAUGUAAUUCACUCAGGUUCGACAAUUGAGUAUUAAUGGCAGUGGCUCAGGACAGUAUUUAUUAAAGCUUUGAGCAGUGGCCAAUCAGUGUACAGGAUUUAUUAUCAAAAAUAACUUAAUGUUAGGCAGGAGCAAGCGGAGUGGCCAGUGUUGGAGCGGCCCAUGUUGGAGUGGACAAAGUUGGAGCGGCCCAUGUUGGAGUGGCCAGUGUUGGAGCGGCCCAUGUUGGAGUGGACAAAGUUGGAGCGGAGUCUUUGAGGUUUCAGUGAGGAGAGCCUUCAAUCCGAGAAGGCAAAAUUACGCUGGAGGUGGAACUUUUUUUUGCCCCCUUCUUUACAUUUGCUCAGUUAGAACAGUCGAGAUGCCAGGCAGGGUAGUGGAAAGCUCCUCUUGCGGGAUGUGGGAAGGCAGGAGACCCUCCUGUGUCCCUGAUAACUGCACCUGUGAGAAGGGCAUCCGGCUUCAGCUCCGAACGAUCCACAUUGAGGAGUUGGAGCUGGAAAUGGAUGAACCCCAGAUCAUUUGGGAGGCUGAAGGGGUGAUAGGUAGGACCUAUAGAGAGGUAGUUGCACGCAAGGUCACAGCACAAGAAACUGGGUGACAGGAAGGAGAAAGGGGUAAAACAGUGAGUGCAGUGCACCCCUGUGGCCCUCCCCCUGAACAACACAUAUAUCACCUUAGAUACUGUUGGGAUGGGGGGAUGCCCUCACAAAGGGAAGUCACAGCUACAGGGUCUCUGGCGCUUGGUUCUGCAAAGGAAGUUCAGUUAGUGAGGUGCUAAGUAAAGAGACAACUCAUCAAGGGCUGGGGUCUCAGGACUGCCAUCUGUGCCAUGUGCCAGGAAUACGAAGGAUAAACUGUUUAACACGUGGCUAAGGAGUUGGUGCAGCAGGGAGGACGUAACAUUUUUGGAUUAUUUGAGCUCACAGGGAUUGCAGUGUGCACAGGCGUGUGAGUGCGUUGGGGAGAGGGGACAUCGUUGGUGGAGGGUGAGUGGGCAGGUAUGUCUGUCUGUCUGUCUCUCUUUCGCUCUCUCUGUCUCUCUCACACACACACAUGCAGUGGAGCGUGAGAUAAGGGGAGUGAGAAGGGAAAAGCGAAAUGAGCAGUUUGGAGUUAGGGCUCCUUCACAAAGUCCCAGACUCACCCAGCCCUCCCCCUCUGGAAUUGAUCCCAUUCCCUUCCCCAGGCUGGGGGUGGGCAUUGAGUUACCUUGUAAACAGUUCGUGAAUUGUUCAAUAGCAUCUGGUUCACAUACUUUGAUAAUAAAUUUACGUUGAACUUGAAGAUUUAAACGUAUUUUUCAUAAAACAUGUACUGAUGAGAAAUGGUCUCAGUGAAGGUCCGAGAGUGGAAAAUGAACCGGUGUUCAGUCCCACUGCUCCGUGCCAGACAAAAACCCCUGUCUGAGUCUGUCCCAUCUGUCUGUGCUUGAUGCACCUCCCUCUAAAGUUUCCUUAUUCUGCAGCUGUCCCAGUGUCUUUUAUGGUCUUCUCAACCCCAUUCUCCUGCCUUUACUAAUCAAGCACCGGUCAAUGUAUGUUUUAACUAAACAGGAUGACUUGGGCUCUGAGCUGUCCGUGGCAAUGAAUUUCACAGGUCCGUUAUCUCCCUUAAUGCAUGAUCUCUGGUAUUUGACAUUGUGACCCAGAAGAUUAAAAAUGUCAGCUAUCUACUCUAUCGAGAUCUUUCGUAAUCUUAUCAAGUUCUAUCAGGUCACCCAGAGCCUCCUCCACUCCAGAGAAAACAGCCCAAGUUUGUCCGAACUCCCCUUACACAGAAGGAGGAGGAGGAGGAGAAGAUGGCGGCGAGACGCAGCGCGCAGCGGCCACUCCGGUGAUGAAUAUAUGUUAUCUGUCAAGUAGGGUGCCAUGCACAAUUCUGAUUUGAUGGAGACAGACAUGAGAGCACGGAGGAACAUUUGGUGAAACUUCUGAAAUGCCUGAUUCGCUGUCUCUGCUACUGUGUGAUCCAGAAUCUCCAGAGGGGAAAGCCCCGAGUUCUCAGCUUUGCUUGUUGCUCGGAGAACAGGGCGGAGUUGAAGCGCUCGGUGCUCGGUGUCAGAGGGCUGGUCGGAGGUUCGAAUGUUUUCGGACGGACUCAGAGUCGGCUGUGGUCGGGUGCUUCCAGGAUGCUGCAUCGGCAAGUUUGCAGCGCUGGAGGCUCAUGGCAGGGAGAGUUUCUCCCUUCUGUCGUCUGCGUGAGAUGUUGGGGCUAUCGGGACUUUGUGACUUUUUUUUACCGUGCCCAUGGUCUGCUCUUUAUCAAAUUACGGUAUUGCUCAUAACUCUGUGUCAUAACUCUAUGUUAUAAUUAUGUGUUUUUUGUCGGUUUAGUCUUGGUCUGUCCUGUGUUUCUGUAAUA